AUGUAUAUUCCUUCCCAUUUUCGAUGGUUGGAGGCCAGACAGGAUCCUCCGGCGGAUGCGAAGCAUGGAUCCAAUCGCCAGGAUAAUCUGGGUCCGGGAGAUAAAGAUCCAGGGAAGGAUGAUUCGGGUGGAAUAUCGGCGGGGACGACUGCUGCUAUUAUUGUCGCUGCAGUUGUCGUCUUCGCCAUCACUGUCGGCGUGACCAUUUUCUUUAUCCUCCGCACCCUCCGUCGAAUGAACUGUUCGCCCAAAUACCUCCCCGGAAAACGCCUCAAAGAUAAAUGGAAUCGAUGGAAUGCCGGGCGCUCAUAUGGCCAGUUGUCGAACGGAUCGUCGUCUAAUCAGGCCGGAGACACGGCAUACCACGGCUCGGGUCGUAGUGGUGGAUCGGAGAUGAACACGACCGAUAAUUCUACGAAUGGAGUUCGUCGUGAGACCUCUGUUCGAUCAGUGAUUACGCUGCCUCCGUACUCUGCGGCUCCCAAGCCAGAAGAACAGAUUAUCGCCCGCGAAGGUGAACGGGAGGGCAUGGAUGUUGUUGUAGAAUUUCCAGAGACCGCUGAGGAGGAGGAAGCGCGGAGAGAAGAACUUAUGGAAGGGCUGUACCAGAUCCGUGUGCAGCGGCGGCAGGAACAUGCUGAGCGUGAGGCUCGACGACAGGCACGUCGGGAAGCCCGGCAACGGGGCGAUUUUAUUCGUCUUGAGGAACUUCGCUUGCAGAGCACCAUCCGCGAUCGCAGUCGCUCGGAGGCUCGGGGGAACAGAGGAAACAAUAAUAGCCGCAACCAGUCGGCCACGACGCUCUUGGCAGAGUCCCAGUCGCGUGGUCGGGAUAGGCGAAUCGCCAGUGUGAGCUACGCUGCUUUGGGACGCGUGCGACAUGAUGGUUCGCGCCUGAGGAAUAAUUCGACAGAUUCUGACAAUCGCCCUCUGUUACAGGGCUCGGGGGAUGGGUUUACGGGUGAACUUGCGCAUUACCGUGGUGAAUCGUACUCGUCUCUUGUUUCGGGGUCGUCUGUUACUUCUGAUGGAGAUACGUUGACUCCUGUGGCGUCUCAGCGGCAGUCCAUGCAUUCCGCACGUUCUCGCUCGAAUAGCCGUCCCGAGUCGAUUCCAGAAGAGGAGCCGGAUACUACCGGUGCUCCGCCUCCUCCGGAAUACGAUUUCUUGGACUGGGGAGAAGCGCCUGCGUACUCAAGCCCCGUUGUAGCGCAGUUCGGCCUAGAUGCGCGAGGGAGCAGGAAUCUAACGGGAGAGGCUGGGCAGACCGCGGAUUCGAAUGAAAACGAGAGAAGAGAGGAACCGGACGAGACAGCACAAAGCAAUCAAAACAACGAGACGGAUCAAAGUACGGAGAGAAGUCGGCCUCCGCAACUGCCUCAGCUCUCCCUCCUACCUACUAUUCAGGUCGAUAUUGCUAGUCCGAUUGGUGAUUUGACGCCAACGACGCCGACCAUGCCUCGACCCAGAGAGGAGCAAGCAGAGCAAGCAGAACACGUUUCAGAACACCCUGCCGAGAAUUUCGCCGAGCAUUCUAGCAACAACGCCUCGGACACGACGGCGACUUCUCAUCAAAACUCUUGA